GCACUUACCGAUGAUAAUUUAUGUAUAUUGGAUGAUAAUAAUGAUGAUAAGGAUAAUAAUAAAGAUGAUAAUGAUGAUCAAUAUGAUGAUAAUAACGAUGUUAAAGUAGCUGGCGAAAUUACAAAUAAAGUUAUGAAUCGAAUGAUAGUACAGUGGUAA